GAGCCCAGCCGAGCCCCGGAGCGGCAGCGGCGGCGGCGGCAGCGGCAGCGGGCAGCGUCAGCAGCGUCCGUCCCGGGCCCUCCGCGGACGAGGGCAGCGGCGCGGGGGGAUGGACCAUUGCGGCCCCGGAGGGGAGCUCCUGGCGGCCAUCGGCGAGCGGUGCCUGGGGCCCGACGAGGAGGCUCACGUGAAGGCGUCUCUGGGGAGCGGCGGCGGCGGCGGCGGCGGCGGCGAGAUGGGCGUGUCCGCCCACUUGCAGUCGUCCAAGGCCGGCACGACCCGGUUCUUCCGCAGCAACACGCACAGCUCGGUGGUGCUGCGGGGCUUCGACCAGCUGCGCGGGGAGGGCUUGCUGUGCGACGUGAGCCUGGUCCCCGGCGACGGCGAUGAGGCGUUCCCCGUGCACCGGGCCAUGAUGGCCUCGGCCAGCGACUACUUCAAGGCCAUGUUCACGGGGGGCAUGAAAGAGCAGGAUCUCAAGUGCAUCAAGCUGCACGGCGUGAACAAGGUGGGCCUCAAGAAGAUCAUCGACUUCAUCUACACGGCCAAGCUGUCGCUGACCAUGGACAACCUGCAGGACACGCUGGAGGCGGCCAGCUUCCUGCAGGUGCUGCCGGCCCUGGACUUCUGCAAGGUCUUCCUCAUCUCGGGCGUGUCGCUGGAGAACUGCGUGGAGGUGGGGCGGCUGGCCAACACCUACAACCUGACGGAGGUGGACAAGUACGUGAACAACUUCAUCCUGCGCAACUUCCCCGCGCUGCUGCACAGCGGCGAGUUCGAGAAGCUGCCCUUCGAGCGGCUGGCCGCGGCGCUGGCCAGCAACAGCCUGAAGCACUGCGGCGAGCUGGAGCUGUUCAAGGCCGCGUGCCGCUGGCUGCGCCACGAGGAGCCGCGCAUGGAGCUGGCGCCCAAGCUGAUGAAGAACAUCCGCUUCCCGCUCAUGUCGCCGCAGGACCUCAUCAACUACGUGCAGACGGUGGACUUCAUGCGGGCCGACAACACGUGCGUGAACCUGCUGCUGGAGGCCAGCAACUACCAGAUGAUGCCCUACAUGCAGCCCGUCAUGCAGUCGGAGCGCACGGCCAUCCGCUCGGACAGCACGCACCUGGUCACCCUGGGCGGCGUCCUGCGGCAGCAGCUGGUGGUCAGCAAGGAGCUGCGCAUGUACGACGAGAAGGCCAACGAGUGGAAGUCGCUGGCGCCCAUGGACGCCCCCCGCUACCAGCACGGCAUCGCGGUCAUCGGCAACUUCCUGUACGUGGUGGGCGGCCAGAGCAACUACGACACCAAGGGCAAGACGGCCGUGGACACGGUGUUCCGCUUCGACCCGCGCUCCAACAAGUGGAUCCUGGUGGCGCCGCUCAACGAGAAGCGCACCUUCUUCCACCUGAGCGCCCUCAAGGGCCACCUGUACGCCGUCGGGGGCCGCAACGCGGCGGGCGAGCUGGCCACGGUGGAGUGCUACAGCCCGCGGAUGAACGAGUGGAGCUACGUGGCCAAGAUGAGCGAGCCCCACUACGGCCACGCGGGCACCGUGUACGGGGGGCUGAUGUAUAUCUCGGGGGGCAUCACUCAUGACACUUUCCAGAAGGAGCUCAUGUGCUUUGACCCGGACACGGACAAGUGGACCCAGAAGGCUCCCAUGACCACCGUCAGAGGGCUGCACUGCAUGUGUACUGUGGGGGAGAAGCUGUACGUGAUCGGAGGCAACCACUUCAGGGGCACGAGCGAUUACGACGACGUCCUCAGCUGCGAGUACUACCUGCCGGCCCUGGACCAGUGGACCCCCAUCGCCGCCAUGUUGAGGGGCCAGAGCGACGUGGGGGUGGCUGUGUUCGAAGAUAAGAUCUACGUGGUGGGGGGCUACUCUUGGAAUAACCGCUGCAUGGUAGAAAUAGUGCAGAAGUACGAUCCCGAGAAGGAUGAGUGGCACAAGGUCUUCGACCUGCCCGAGUCACUCGGUGGCAUCCGGGCUUGUACCCUCACCGUUUUCCCCCCCGAGGAAAACACGGGGUCCCCUUCCCGAGAGUCACCUCUUUCUGCCCCCUAAACCAGGGCUGUGCAUUCACUUCACGUGGGUCCUCUCUGGGUGUGGGGGGGGGAGGGGGAGAGAGGGGUUGGGGGGAGGGUGGAAUCUCCUUUAUCGUCCUCGUCGUUUGCUAGUUCUUAGCUUAGCUUACCGUAGUUGGUACAGUGACUGAAAUGACGUCAUUUGUGAUGUUUGUGUGUUGUAGAAUGCUUCUCUGUGGUUAACAAAAGCAUCCUGAAUGUCUAUUCUCUAGAGAUGAAUGUUUAACCCAUGAAAAAGCAAGGUAUUGUCUCUAGCAGAUAUUCCAUUUCUGUGCAUCCAUGCUCUGUAUGACUGUGUGUUGGGUGGGAGGCCUCUAGGUGGGCCAGCUUCUCGGAGGAAGCCCAAUGAGUCACCUUGCCAAUGGGAUGUAGUCUAUGUGUGACCCUGUCCUGUGUGCUUCUGGGGGGAGGGGGUGUUUUCCCUUUUGUUUUGUGACUGCUACAUGUUCAAAGGAGGCAGUUUGGGAUGAGCUGCUUCCCCUCCCCCCCCUUUUCAUUGAGUACUUUGGCCAUCUCUCUCAGCCCACCUGACUAGGUGAGAUACAUUCCAAGCAGAGGAAGUUGCUUAGACAAGAAAAUGUCAUUGCAGAAAUAGUAUGAAUGGCCAGGCCUCAUUUCUCUACCCAGGGCCUGCCAUCAUUGAUAAUCAUUGUUUUUGGUUUGUUCCUUUUCUCACGUAGGCACAUACAAGAGAAAUAGUAAGUUUUUAAAAAGUGAUAGUUACAACAAAUAUGAGUAUUUAAACAGUAACAAUUAAUUGAUAGGAUUAAUUAUUACUGAAUUUAGGGGAAUGGGGCAAGGAGCAGCUUCAGCCUGAGACACCAGAUUUGACCUAGCCCCUAUGUCAACCUAUACUGGUGUCCCCAUAAAUUGCCCCUGUUCUCCUUAGCUAUUGAUGUAACCUACAUGUCAUGUCCUAUUCGGAGUUGCUGUUAAUAAGGUUAUUUAGCACAAGAUGCACCUUCAUCGAGAAAGUGUCUUUGCUUCAUGAACUCAGAGUUUUCAUGUUUUAUCUUUUGUUCAAUAAAACGUUUAACAACAAAAAAAAAGUAUGCCUCUUUCUGCAUCUUGAGCUUAUCACUUCUCUUUCUAGGGUUAGUUAGCUGGCUUCAUUACAAAUCCUCUGGAAUCAUAAUUGUACUGAUUAGUGUUAAUGUGUUUUUUAAAGUUGUUUGUCUUUACAAUGUUGUUAUGGUAUCAAUUUUCUCCUGGUUCUGCUCACUUUACUGUAUAUCAGUUCAUACAAGUAUUCCCAGGUUUCUCUGACAGUAUCUCUCAUCAUUUCUUAGGGUGUAAUAAUAUUCUGUUACGUUGAUAUACCAUACUUUUUCAGCCAUUCCUCAAUUGAUGGUCACCUGUUUAGGUUCUAGGUCUUUGCCACUAUAAAAAGUGUUUUUUAAGUAUUGUUUUUAUACAUAUAGAUCCCUUUCCUCUUUCUUUGAUCUCCUUGGAAUAUAGGCCUAGUAGAGGUUUGGAUGGUCAAAGGUUACAGACAGCUUAGGUACUUUGGGACCAUAGUUCCAGUGGUUUCCAGAAUAGAUAGACCAGUUCAUAGCUCCACCACAUAGUACACUAAUGUGCCUAUCUUCCCAAAGCACCUCCACCAUUUGUCAUUUUCCUUUUUUCCUGUCAUCUGUGACAAUCUGACAAGUGUGACAUAGAACCUCAGAGUUGUUUUGAUUUCUCUCAGUAUUAGCAAUUUUGAGCUUCCCCCCCCUCACAUGGCUGUUUCUUCCCUUAUUAUAUCCAUUGACCAUAAAUUGACAGCUUAUAAAUUGGGAGGGAGAGUUGCACUUAUUUUUGUAAAUUUUAAUCAUUUCUUAUAUAUCUUUGAAAUAAGACCUUUAUCAGAGAAAAUUCCUACAAAGAUUUCCUCCCCCCCAUAACUAUUUCCAUUCUAAUCUUAGCUGACUUGGUUUUGAUUGUACAAAAACUUUUUAAUUUUAUGCAGUGCAUUUUAUCUUCUCAUUUUAUCUUCUUUAUCCCAUGUUUGGUCAAGAACUGUUCCCCUAUCCAUAGGUCAAGAAGAAAAUCACUUCCUUGUUCUAUUUUUUUUUUUUAUGAUAUGACCUUUAUUUUUCAAGUCAUACAGACAAUUUGGAUAAUCCUAGUGUAUAUUAUGAGAUACUGGUCUAAAUUUAAUUCUUUCAGGCUGCUGUACAGUCUUCCUCAGUAGUUUUUGUCCAUUAGUGAAUCCUCAUCUAUGUAGCUGGCUUCUUUGAGUUUACCAAACACUAAACUACUCUGUUUCUUUGCUUCUGUGUGCUUUGAACCUAAUUUAUUCUACUAGUUGAUCUCUCUUUUUUAAACUAGUACCAAAUUGCUUGGAUGAUUUUCUUCCUAAUUACCACUUAUUUUCAUAUUUCAUAUUAUUAUCCUUAAGAUUCUAGAUCUUUUGUUCCUACAGAUUAAUUUUGUUAUUAUUACUAUUUUUAGUUCUAUAAAGUAAUCCUUUGGUAUUUGAUUGCUAUAACACUAAAUAAGCAAUUUAGGUAACAUUGUCAAUUUUCCUUAUAUUGGCAUGGCUCAACCAUGAGCAAUGAGUAUUUCCCUAAUUAUUAAAGUGUGUCUUUAUUUCCUUAAAGAAUAUUUUGUAGUCGUAUUCAUAUAGUUCCUAUGUGUAUCUUUGUAGGUAGACUAGCAAGUAUUUUAUAAAUUUAAGUUGUUAUUUUAAAUAGAAUUUCUUUCUAUCCGUGCCUGCUGGAUUUUGUCGGUAAUAUACUGAAAUGUUGAUCAUUUAUGUGGAUUGAUUUUAUAUGGUGCAAUUUUGCCAGUGUUACUGUUUCCAUUAAUUUGUUUAAGUUAAUUCUCUAGGGUUCUCCAAGCAAAUCAAUAUAUAACGUGUAAAAAGUAAUCAUUUUGUUUCCUCUUUGCCUGUCUUUAUUCCUUCUAUUUAUCUUUUAUGUGCUAAAGUAAAUAUAUCAAAUGGUA